AUGAAAGAUCUUGGCUUAGCCCAUCAAUUCCUCGGCAUCAAAAUCGAAUCCACUCCAGAUAAGUACUUUCUAUCUCAAACCAAUUACGCCAAUUCAAUUCUUCAAAUUGCCGAGUUGCACAAAUGCAACUCGGUCGCUAAUCCUUCCUUUUCCAAACUUCCAGAUCAGCAAUCUGAAGAUGUUCCGUGCUUCGACGAUCUCCUCUACAGGAAGAUUAUUGGCUCUCUACAAUACCUGACUUUAACACGACCCGACAUUGCUUAUGCUGUGAAUACAUUGUCUCAGCAUAUGCACAAACCCGAAGUGGUUCACACAAUUAUGCUAAAGAAACUCCUUCGAUACAUUAAAGGCACACUUGAGUUCGGUCUACCCAUUUCCCGAUCCAGCCUACAGCUCCGAACAUACUCAGACGCCGACUGGGCGUCGGAUCCUGUUACACGCAAAUCUACUACCGGAUUUUGUACCUUUCUUGGUGAUACACUUGUUUCAUGGACCGUGAAGAAACAAAACACCGUUUCUCGAUCAUCCACAGAAUCUGAAUAUAGAGCGUUAGCAUCCGCCACCGCUGACACCAUAUGGAUCAAACGCCUUAUCAAAGAAUUCAGCAUUGAUCACAAGAAUCCGGUUGAUGUUUUCUGUGAUAACACUUCCACAAUAGCUCUAGCAAAUAAUCCCGUAUUUCACGCUAGAACGAAACAUAUAGAAAUCGAUCAACGAUUUGUGCGUGAGCAUAUCUUGAACAAUACAAUUCGGUUGCUACCAAUAAGCACGGUUGAUCAGCUCGCCGACAUUCUUACGAAACCCUUGGCUACCGCUCGGUUCAAACUACUGAGACACAAACUGACUAUUGUUUCCCGAUCGUCAGUUUGA